GUAUGGGGACUAUGUUCUUUAGAAAUUAAGCUGGGUAGUUAGCUUCUGAUGUACCAAAAAAAAGGAAAGACGCAGACUUUACUGUGGCAAUCACCGAAACCGCGCAAAAAUAAGUGGUUUAGCAGUGGACAACCCAAUAACGACAACUCUAAAUCGGACCAUUUGGCCAACCGGGUUUUGUAUGAUGGGACAGCAGAAGUAGGUGGAUCCAGAAGCCGACAUAUUGUGAGAUAAGCUUCCCGUGGAGGUCUCCUAGCGUUAACAUUAUUGCUCUGCCUUUAUUGGAGGAACUAGGAAGCUUCAUUGUGUUUCUCUGUGGCCCUCCCAAUGGUGUUUUACUAGAGUUUUGGGGUAAGUUCUCUUUUGGGUUUUCUUUGCUUUUGUUGAAUUCCAUCUGGCUGGGUGAAGAGUUUCCUCCAGGAUGUCCAGAUUUGUUGUUCCUACUGUGUUUUAUCUGGGUUUUGAGGUUGGUCAUUAAUAUUCAUGUAAGUGGUGAAAUUCUUUUUUGUAAUUUGAGGUUGGUUUUUCUAAUGAGGUUGUUCUUUGUUUCUUUAUGAAAUUUCAAAAGUUUCUGAUGUGAUUCUUCUCUUGUAUUUCAGACUGUGGAAGCAAUUUUCCUCUUUCACGCUUCAUGUUUUUGUUUUAUAGUCACUCUUACUUUUAUGAUAUUUUAAUAAUUCUGAUAUUUUUAUUCAGAGUUACGUUUAUCUUCUAACACGGUAAUAUUCUAUCAGUGGCGUUGCUUCCGUUCCUGGUGAUGUUACUUAUGAGAAGAAACUACCUUCUUUAGU